CGUUGAUCAGGCACGAUGGAUAAGGCGGAAAGUCUCCUCAAAGCGCAGCAUCUUAAGAGAUGGACUGACUUCCUUGGAGGUUUUUUUUUUUCAACUUUUUACGGUACUGUAAAGACUGCUGUCAUGUUGCGCCGAAGAAGUGAAUUUUUCAUCUUCUUGGACAACCCCCCUGUGAAACCCGAGAAGGAUGGCCACAAGCUGAGUCCUUAUCAAGAGUACUUACAAGUGCUUCUCCAGAUGAAGAUGACCAGCACUGAUCAAUUUGACAACUUGGAGAAGCAUACGCAGUGGGGGAUCGAGUUUCUGGAUAGGUACACCAAAUUUGUCAAGGAGAGGUCUGAGAUCGAAACCAACUAUGCAAAACAAAUCAGGAAUUUAUCAAAGAAAUACCAACCCAAGAAGAACUCACGGGAAGAGGAGGAGAGCAAGUACACGUUCUGCCGGGCCUUUCUGACCACGCUCAACGAGUUGAACGACUACGCCGGGCAACACGAGGUGAUUGCAGAGAACCUGACGUCGCAGAUCAUCACCGAGCUUUCGCGCUACCUGCAGGAUCUCAAAACCGAGAGGAAAUCGCACUUCCAAGAUGGCCGCAAAGCACAGCAGCACAUCGAGAGCUCGUGGAAACAGCUGGAGUCGUGUAAAAGGAAGUUUGAGCGGGAUUGCAAAGAGGCCGACAAAGCACAGCAGUACUUCGACAAGAUGGACGCCGACAUCAACGUGACAAAGGCUGACGUGGAAAAGGCACGGCAGCAGGCUCAGGCCAGGCACCAGAUGGCGGCCGACAGCAAGAACGAUUACUCGUCCUACCUGCACAAGUUCAACCAGGAGCAGAAUGAGCACUAUUACACCAUAAUACCCAACAUCUUCCAGAGACUCCAAGACAUGGAGGAGAAGCGUAUCGAGAGGGUAGGAGCGUGCAUGAAGACGUUCGCCGACGUGGACCGCCAGGUGAUCCCCAUUGUGGGAAAGUGUCUGGACGGCAUGACCAAGGCGGCCGAGUCCAUCGAGGCCAAGACGGACUCCAAGCAGGUCGUGGAGUCGUACAAGUCCGGCUUCGAGCCGCCGGGGGACGUGGAGUUCGAGGACUACGGGCAGGCCAUGAAGAGGGCGGUGUCGGAAACCAGCUUGAGCAACUCGCGGGUGGAGGUCCGCGAGAGGCCCGCCGGCAAAAGCAAGGGCAAACUGUGGCCCUUCAUCAAGAACAAAAACAAGUUUAUGUCCCUGUUAACGUCCCCCCGCCAGCCCCCGCCCGCCCCCCCGGCCUCAUCCCCGCCCUCACCCUCUGCUGUUCCCAACGACUCCCAGUCUCCCAAGCAGCCCAAGGAGCCUCUUUCACAUCGCCUCAACGACUUCAUGGCCUCCAAGCCCAAAAUGCACUGCCUGCGGAGCCUGAGGCGAGGGCUUUCUCUCAAGCUGAUCACACUCAAUUCCCACGUCCGGAAUCUCAUUGAGGGUUCUGGACCCGAGGACUUCAGCCACCUACCGCCGGAACAGCGGAGGAAGAAGCUGCAGGGCAAGCUGGACGAGCUCAACAAAGACAUUCAAAAAGAGAUGGACCAGAGGGACGCACUCACCAAGAUGAAAGACGUUUACGUGAAGAACCCGCAAAUGGGUGACCCCGCCAGCGUGGACCCCCGGCUAGCGGAGCUCGGGCAGAACAUCGAGAAGCUGCAGUUUGAAGUGCAAAAAUUUGAGGGCUGGCUGGCUGAGGUGGAGGAGAGGAUGCCGUGCAAGAGCGACACACAGCGGAGAAGCGGACUCUACGAGAGCCACAGCAGCACCACGGUCAACAACAACUGCGCCCAGGACCGAGAGAGGCCCUCGAGCAGCCCGGACGGCAGCUACACGGAGGAGCAGAAUUCCGAGAUUCACGUCAAAGCCAACAACGCCAACGCCAAGCCCCCCGCGGCCAGCACACCCGAGUUCGACGACGAGUUCGACGACGAGGAGGCGCUGCCCACCAUCGGAAACUGCAAAGCCCUCUACCCUUUUGACGGCCACAACGAGGGCACCAUCUCGGUGGCCGAGGGCGAGCUGCUGUAUGUCAUCGAGGAGGACAAAGGCGACGGCUGGACGCGGGUGCGCCGCAACCAGGACGAGGAGGGCUACGUGCCCACGUCCUACGUGGAGGUCUUUCUGGGGACCAACGCCAAAGAUUCCUAAACAAGAUGCUGGCUGAGGAAGCGGCAGGGCAAGCGGCCUGGGGGAGAAAUCGCCGUGUUCCUCCUCUUUAAAAACAAAACAAAACAAAACAAAAAAAAAACAAAGCGAGACACGGACACUUUAGAAAACUCUUCUUAUCCUCCGCGGCAAAAUUGUUUCGCGCUUUUUGACCCCUAACAGCUGGGCUCGGUUAUUUGCGCUACUAACCUUCUUGGGCGUAGUCAGAGAGAGGACGCACCAGCACCAGCACCAGCACCAGCACCAGCACCCCACCCCAGCCUGCCGACCGCUGGACCCACUUUCACCUCAUUCGCUUCACCACCCAUCCAUCCUGAAUCCCAUAAUAUGAGCAAAAACAUACGAAACAUCCAGAAAACACUCCCAAUAUUACCGCCGCUUGAUCCUCCUAAUAUGAGGACGUUACGUAAAGUGUUAUUACAGAUAAAUAUGUUGUAAUAUUGCGAGAUUUAUGUGGUACUAGUUCUUUAUUUUUGACAUAUUAGAAAAACUUGUAAUUUUUACGAAAUCAGUUGUACGGAAAAUAAGUUGAAAUAUUAUAAGAACAAAGUUUUGUCUUUAUUCUCAAAAUAUUUGUACAAAAAAAAAAAUUGUGGGAAAAAAAAUCACAACGUUAUAAGAAGUCGUCAUUAUGACUCUAUACUCAUAAAAUUUGUACGCUACAUAAAGUGUUACUGCGGAUAAAUAAGUUGUAAUUUUAUAAGAAAAGUAAAAAAAAAAAAACAGUCAUUAUCUGUCUUUAUUCUUGAAAUAUUAGAAGGGGGGAAAAAAAGCCUUUUGUAUUCUCGGAAAGUUAAAAAAAAUCAAAAAUUGUAAUGGUACAAAAUAGUGUUCUGAAAUGAACUGUUAUGAAAAAAAUGUAAUGUUACAAUAUUUCAGUCGAAUAACAAAACUUCAUGUAAGAUUGAAACCUUUUUUUCAUAUAUAAAAUGACGAGAAUAAAGAGAAAAAUGUAUGACUUUAUUCAUGUAAUAUUAGUAUGUUACAUAAAGUUUCAUGAUGGAUAAAUAAGUCAUAAUAAUGUAUUUGUGAAAGGUUGCAAUAUUUAUGUGGUAAUAUUCCGAUUUGAUUCUCUAAAUAUUCCAAACCUUUAUAUAUAUGUUACAAAAUAAAGUUGUGCUUUGGCACAAAAAAAAAAUUGUCCUAAUAUUACGAGAGCGAAAAUGUAAUUUACGACUUUAUUUUCAUUAUAUUAGAAUUUUAUUUUGAAAUGGUACUAAAAAUGCCAUAUGAAAUGAAGUUUAAAAUAUUCCCCAAAACAUUAAUGUUACAAAGUCAUUUUCAUAAUAUGACGUGAAAAAGUCAUUAUUAUGACAGAGAAGUUGCAACAUUAUGACUUUAUUCCACUCGUAAUAAAUAUCAUAAAACUGCAAAGCAAAGAAGUAUUAUUACAGAAAAAAAAAUCGUGAUUUAUGAUUGCAAAAAAUCUACAAGGUUAAUGUGGUAUUUUUUUGUGUUCGUGUGUGUGUGAUUGGAGAGGCCUUCUCGGCUCCUCCCACUUCAGGAAGUGAAUUGCCCUUUUAGUUGGUCAUGCCAUGAUGUCAUCGUGACAUCAUCAUGUCACCCGUGCGGCUGCUGUCUGCUCCUCUCUCUGACGUGAAUGCUCGCCGCCCACUCGCCCCUCCCCCUUCCUCACCUGCACCGAGCUGCCGCCUGCCACUCCUAACCUCGCCCCCUUGCAGGACGGCACCAUCUUUUGCAACCAAUCGGUUCUUGGCUUUGUUGUGUAUCGUUUGCUUGCCCCUGUCUGCCUCCCCACCGCCCCCAAGCCUGCGGCCCCAUGGGGGUGGGCGGUGGUGGCAGUGGGGUGCCGCCCCUCAUUGCCUGCUAACUUGAAUGACUUUUUUGGUGGGGUUCACCUUUAUAGUCGUUUUUUAUCGUUUACUGAGAGUGCCCCCCCCCCCCCCCCCAAUUGGCGCCCCCACGGGGUGGGUAGCGGCGUUGAGGUGCCGCCACUUAUUGCCUGAUUAGGUGAAAGACACUUUAGGGGCGUGGGAGGGGUCAUAUUUUUAUUUCGUAUUUUAUUACAUCGGUGCCUCCCCACCCCCAGCGACCCCACAGGGGUAGGUGUCGGUGGUGGGGUGCUGCCCCUCAUUGCCUGAUGAACCCCAAAUAAGGUCAUCCUUUCAUAAGAUUUCUUUGGGUCAGUCCCUUUAGUUCCGCCCCGCAUUGCCUGAUAACCUAAAUGAGUUUUUGGGGUAUUUAUAUUGUUUAUUUUUUUGUUGGUGCCCGCUGCCGCCCACCCCCCGUGGGUCCGUCACUUAAUGCCUGACAAACUUUUGAGUUUUUUUUCUUUUCAUCUAGAUGAGGAUUUUUUUGGGGGGGGGGGGCAGUGCCCACCGCUGCCGCCUUCUCCCCUGUGUUGGGGUGCCGGGGUGUCCCCCAGGGUGCCGCCCCUCAUUGUUUGAUAACCUUUUUGGGAGGUGGUUUACCUUUUAAUUUAUUUUCUGUUGUUGUUGGGUGGGUCGCCACCCUUCAUUGCCUGACAAACCCCAUAAACAAUCAAUCAGGUUACCUUUUUUAAAAAAAAUUUUUUUGUCGGUGCCCCCAGCCACCCCCACCCGACGGCGGGCCCCACAUGGGUGGGCCAACAGGGAUGUUCAUUGCCUAAUGAACCCCCCCAAAAUUCAUUCAGGUCAUCUAUUUAUUCUUUAUUUUUCUCAAGGCUGAGAAGCGCAUGUCCCCCAGGGGUCCAUCCAGGCCCCCUCACCCCCUUUUUGUGUUGCCCCGCCUGCCGUCAGACCCCAAAAGUCCCGUUCAGACCUCCUGAAGCUUGUAGUGUUUCUGACAACAUACUGUGACCUGCUUUAUCUGUUCAACUGACACUUGUUGUUCCCACACUGUCAGACUAAAACCAACCAAGAUGUUCACCCACCGCAAUGGCACAUGUCUUUUAUUUGACUUUUUUUUUUUCCAGUGAUUUAUUAUUAUUAUUAUUAUUAUUAUUUGAAGCAGAAAAUGUGUGUUAAUAGCGCGUUCUGCCAUGGAAUGGCACUGAAACCCACUUUACUGCAAGAGUGUUUGUUUGUCUAAUUGGAACAUUUGGGAUGGCCAGCUAGUAAACAGCAGCCAGGGAGUGACAUGCUGAAAAGAAGGAAAAAAAACAAGUAGUGCGAUUUCGAGUGGAACAAGGUGCAAUGUUAACACGAGAAAUACAUUUUUAAUAUUUUGAGAAAUAGAAAUUGGGUAAUCAUUUGGAAAAAAAAAAAAAAAGGGAGAAAGUUUCAAAGGUACCAUGAGUCUUUUUUUUUUUUUUUUUUUUUUUUUGAAGCCGCCUGAAAAUUCAGAAUAAAGUUGUAAUAUUAUGAGAAAUAAAUGUUGGAAAAUAAUGGGAGUAAAGUCAUUUUAAUUUGACUUUGAAUUGUAUUGUAAAGUCGGUCUUUUAAGGAUGAAAUGGGAAAAGUAUGGAAAUAGUUGUAAUACUACUAGAAAUUGAAGUGGGGAAAUUACAAGAAUAAAAUUCCAACGGUAUAAGAAAAAUAGUUUUUUAGUUGUUUUCAUUUUGGGAGGUGUCAAAAUAACAUGAGAAUAAAAUCUUUAAAAACAUCAGGAAAGCUUAUGGGAUAAAUUUAUGUUUUGAGAAAUAAUUGAUUUUUUUUAAGGAAGUAUGAAAAUGACAGCAAUGUUGUUAUAUUGAGAGAAAUAACAUAACAAAAAUAACAAUAUUUUUAUAAAGGAAAACGUUGAGGAAAUUAAGAGAGAUUUUGAAUGAAGACAUUUAAAUUUAUAAAAAUUCGGACAAAUUUACAACCAAAAGUUUGAAAAAAAGUGAAAAUUACAAGUUGUUUUAUUACGAAAAUAUCGUCACGUUAUAGUUACAUUGUAUUUUACAAUUAUGUUGAAAUAUUUCUUGUGGAAAAAUAAUGAAAAUAUAUCGUAAUUGAAUUUGUUUAAAAUAAAUUGUAACAAGAGAAUAAAAUUAUAUAUAUAUUUUUAGAAAAGUCAUAAAAAUAGUAUGUUUGGAGAGGUAGACAAAAGUCCGAUAAAUAUCCAGUUUAUUUACAUUACAGUACAACUAUAUUCUCAUCCAAAAUAUAAUAUAUAUCUGUUAUCACAACUUUUUUUUUUUUUUUUUUUUUUUUUUUUAAUGAUUACAAGAUUUAUUUGAGUUCUUUUCAGUGUCCACUCCUUGGUCAAAACAAACCACUUUUUGCUCCUGGCGUUGUUUUCCCGGUGGAGAUCCAAGUUUCGUGUACAUUGGAGAGCCAGAGAGUAUAAAAUGUAUAAAUAUGAAUAUAUGGAUAAAGAUGAAAAAAAAGAAAAAACAAAACUAUUUGAACUAUCGGGAGCGUGUUGCUUUGCAAACGUGCGUACAGGACAGACUGUGUGUGUGUGUGUGUGUGUGUUUGCGUCUCGUUGCCUAUCGGUCAAUUUGCUUGUGUUUUGGAGCACUGAAUACUUUGUAUUGUGUUUACUGUGCCAAUUAAAUAUGCCUGAAAGUCA